GAAGGGGAAAAGGGUUUAAAGGGUUUGUCGUCAUCGACUACUGGCGACCAGCUCAGCUCUACGAAAAUUCCCUUGAAGCUGGGAAGAGUAGCUUCGCUUACGGCCAUGGGGGUUUCUCUUCGCCAUUUCUCUCCUUCCUCUUUCUGGGUUUCGCGCCGUCCUCGCGUCUCUUCUUCCAUCCUUUCGCUACUGACUCCUCCUCGCCGUAGAAUCCUUUGCAGGUUCACAGCUUCUUCUUCUUCUUCUUCUUCUUCUUUCGUGUUCUCUGUAAUGUUGAUGAUACUACACUUUUUUUGGGUGCUUGUGAUUUACAGAAAAGUAGCCAUCACAAAUGGGAACUCCGGAUAUUCCACUGCUACUACAGCUCCUGGUGAUACCAAUGGGUUUCAGCAUUCGGGUCAUCAACGGUCUUGUACUGUUGAGUUUAGUGGAGAGUGGAAACUUAAUAUAGGAUCUAAGAUGGCGAGAAUGGUUCCACCAACUGUGAAACAAGCUGGAGCUGUGAGUGCUUGGAGGAAAGAGGAAGUCAAUCACUUUAGAGAAAGCAAUGGAGAAGUUGCUAAGAUCCAGGAUGAUGCUUCUGGUAAUUAUUUCAGAGGCUUUAUCCCCAAAAUAGAGGAUGCUCAAUCUUAUGGAAACUGCCAGAACUUGGAUUACAAGAGGGAACCAAGAGGUGGUAUCACCACAGUCGACAGAGAAUUGAAUGGCCUUCGGCAACAGAAGAGUCUAAGAGGGCCUCUCAUAGCGUUACCAAGCAAGAAUAUUGAGGCGGCUGUGAGGAAAGUAGAUGAUGACAAUGGGAAACAAAGACCUCUUGUUACUUCUUUUGACGGUGUAAGCUCUGAGGAUACGGUAACCAUUUCCAGACCGGAGAAACGCACUGACCUGUCGAAAGUCCGUGCAAACCUCAGGAAAAUAUAUGAUAGGGUUCGUGUUGUCGAUAAUGUGUCUAGUGCAAAGGAAAUUGUGGCUAAGCUCGUGAAUCAAUAUAGGAAUCUUGUCCAUGCUUGCGAUACAGAGGUGUCCAGGAUUGAUGUGAAGAGUGAAACACCUGUGGACCAUGGUGAGUUGAUAUGUUUCAGUAUAUAUUGUGGAUCAGAAGCAGAUUUUGGAGAUGGAAAAUCAUGUAUCUGGGUAGAUGUUCUUGGCGAAAAUGGCAAAGAUGUCUUGGCUGAGUUUAAGCCAUUUUUCGAAGACUCAUCCAUAAAAAAAGUAUGGCAUAACUACAGCUUUGAUAACCACAUUAUAAGAAAUUAUGGAAUCAAGCUUUCUGGUUUUCAUGGUGAUACAAUGCACAUGGCACGAUUGUGGGAUUCGUCUAGACGGACAUCGGGUGGUUAUUCACUCGAAGCACUUACAAGUGAUCCAAGAGUUCUUGGGGGAACUGAGACAAAGGAGGAAGCAGAAUUAUUUGGUAAGAUAUCAAUGAAGACGAUUUUCGGCAAGGGGAAACUGAAAAAGGAUGGAUCAGAGGGGAAAGUGGUGAUCAUUCCCCCAGUUGAAGAGCUUCAAAAAGAUGAUCGAGAAGCUUGGAUUUCGUACUCUGCGCUGGAUUCGAUAAGCACGCUGAAGCUCUACGACAGCAUGAAGAAACAACUGCAAAUGAAGAAAUGGUUUCUUGAUGGAAAGCUAAUUUCAAGAAAGAACAUGUUUGACUUCUACCAAGAAUAUUGGCAACCUUUUGGUGAGCUUCUUGCUAAAAUGGAAGCAGAGGGGAUGCUUGUAGAUAGGGAAUAUCUGGCGCAGAUUGAGAUUGUAGCCAAAGCAGAACAAGAAACUGCUGUUUCUAGGUUCCGGGGUUGGGCCUCGAAGCAUUGUCCUGACGCAAAGCAUAUGAAUGUUGGCAGUGACACGCAAUUGCGACAGCUCUUUUUCGGUGGCAUUUCUAACAGUUGUAAUGGUGAGGAUCUUCCUUAUGAAAAGCUUUUCAAAGUUCCCAAUGUCGAUAAGGUGAUUGAAGAAGGAAAAAAGAAAGCCACAAAGUUUCGCAAUAUCAAACUGCAUAGGAUUAGCGACAAUCCAUUGCCUACUGAAAAGUUCACUGCCUCAGGCUGGCCCUCUGUUAGUGGAGACACUUUGAAAGCCUUAGCCGGGAAAGUCUCUGCAGCGUAUGACUUCACAGAGUGCGUAGCAAAUAACUCUCUAGAAGAAGAUACUGGAGAUGAUGAAUUUAUGUUGCUACCAGACGAAUUUUUAGAGACACAAAGCACAAAUACAUCUGUUGAAUCAGACACAUCUGCUUUUGGAACAGCAUUUGAUGCGUUUGGAGGGGGUGAGAGUGGAAAGGAGGCAUGCCAUGCAAUUGCUUCCUUGUGUGAAGUUUGCUCCAUUGAUUCCUUAAUAUCAAAUUUUAUUCUUCCUUUGCAGGGAAGUAAUGUAUCAGGCAAAGAUGGUCGUGUCCACUGCUCCCUGAAUAUUAACACUGAAACUGGGCGCUUAUCAGCUAGAAGACCAAAUUUACAGAACCAACCUGCAUUGGAGAAAGAUCGGUACAAGAUCCGUCAGGCCUUCAUAGCGUCACCUGGAAAUUCACUUAUUGUUGCUGAUUAUGGACAGUUGGAACUUAGGAUUCUGGCACAUCUUGCUCGUUGUGAAAGCAUGAUGGAAGCUUUCGACGCCUUUGCUUCUGAGAGAAGAAAAGCUAAGAUGCUCAACUUUUCGAUUGCGUAUGGGAAGACUGCAAUUGGGCUUUCUAGAGACUGGAAGGUCUCAGUAGAAGAAGCUCAAGAAACAGUAAAUCUAUGGUAUAAUGACAGACAAGAAGUCCGGAAAUGGCAAGAACUACGCAAGAAAGAAGCAAUACAAAAUGGGUAUGUACUCACUUUGUUGGGAAGAGCUCGUAAAUUCCCUGUAUACCGUUCACGUGCCCAAAAGAACCAUAUCGAACGAGCAGCAAUCAACACUCCUGUUCAGGGAAGUGCGGCUGAUGUCGCAAUGUGCGCUAUGCUGGAAAUAUCAACAAAUGAACGUUUAAAGGAGCUUGGUUGGAAACUGCUUCUACAAGUUCAUGAUGAAGUAAUCUUGGAAGGACCAAGUGAGUCAGCAGAGAUCGCCAACGAGAUAGUUGUGGACUGCAUGUGUAAACCCUUCAACGGCAAGAACAUUCUCUCAGUUGAUUUAUCUGUGGAUGCCAAGUGUGCUCAGAACUGGUAUGCUGCCAAA